AUGGGUUGGGACGAUGUGGAGAAGAUCUUGCACCAUGCCUUCUACAACGAACUGCGCGUAGCGCCCGAGGAGACCCUCCUGGUGAUGCCGCUGCCGCCACAGUCGUCGGCCGAGGUGCGCAAGAAGUACUGCCAGAUCAUGUUCGAGACCUUCAACGUGCCCGCGGCCUACUUCGGCCACGCCGCCAUGCUCAGCGUCUUGUACUCCGGCGUGCGCUCCGUCACCGGGCUGAGCGUGAUGUCGGGUCGCAGGUGCACAUACAUCACGCCGGUCUACUGCGGCCACGCGCUCGAUUACUUGACCCAGAAGCUGCCCAUCGGCGGCCAGCAAGUCACCGACGCCCUCACCAAAAUGCUGACUCAGUCGGGGCUCAGCUUCACGACGACGGCCGAGUUGCAAAUCGUCGGUCACAUCAAGGAGAGCUGCUGUUCCGUUGCGCUGGACUACGACAACGCCCAGGUCGCCGAGAAGGAUUAUGAGCUGCCCGAUGGCCAAGUGAUUAAGGUGGGCCAGGAGCAGGUGUCCGCGCCCGAGAUCGUGUUCCAGCCGCAACUCCACGAUGAGGCGCUGGACCCGGCGGAGGCGCUCCACCACAAGAUCGUGAGCGUGGUCGAGUCGUGCCUGCCCUUCAUGCGCACCGCCCUCUACUCCAACAUCGUACUCUCCGGGGGCAACACGUUGUUUGCGGGAUUCCCCGAGCGGCUCGAGAAGGAGCUGAAGGCGCUGCUGCCCGAUCAGUACCAGCAGUGCGUCAAGGUAAAGGCCCAGCCCGAGAGACGGCACCAUUCUGUGAAUUCUGAUCAAGACACGCCCAUCAGGGAGUGGCUUGGGGCGUCGCUCCUGGGCAGCAUGAGCUGGUUCCCUCACGUGGCGAUCAGCAAAGAGGAGUACGACGAGUGUGGGCCAGUCAUUGUGGAGCGCAAGUGCUUUUAA